CACCAACCUCCGAUGGCGGAAAUUCUUGCCCUCCCACACCGACCCCCUCCCCCACGGCCCGCCUUCCCCCGGGAGCACGAGACCCUCGUUCCCUGCGCCACCGACUGAGCCAAGGCCGCGCUUUGCCGUUUCCGACCUAGGUCGCGAGAUCUCGGAGGAGCGGAGCCCCGCCGUGCCGCCGCCUGCUACAGGGGGGCACGCAGGGACCGCACGGCGCGAUGGUGGACACGGGCGGGGGGAGGCUCUACCAGCGCCGUGGCGCGGUCGCUUUCGUCGCGGCCAACAAGGCGCUGCUCGCCGCUGCGUGGGUCGUCGGGUUCGCGCUCGUGUUCCUAUGGCAGAGCGCCUCCAUGUCCUUCGGCAGCGCCGGCGGCGGAGGGUACCUCAGGCUCCUGUCGGUGCCGCCUCCGCCGCCGCGCCCCGCGCCGCGGCUCCGCCCCACGGCGUACAACAUCACGGACUUCGGCGCCGUCGGGGACGGCCGGGCGGUCAACACCGCGGCGUUCGAGCGUGCUGUCGAGGCCAUCGCGGCGCUCGCGGAGCGAGGCGGCGGGCAGCUCAAUGUGCCACCCGGGCGCUGGCUCACGGCACCCUUCAACCUCACCAGCCACAUGACGCUGUUUCUUGCCGAGGGCGCGGAAAUCCUUGGCAUUACGGAUGAGAAGUACUGGCCAUUGAUGCCAGCAUUACCGUCAUAUGGGUAUGGGCGGGAGCGCAAAGGACCACGAUUUGGGAGCCUCAUUCAUGGACAGAAUUUGAGAGAUGUAGUCAUUACAGGACAUAAUGGGAGCAUAAAUGGCCAGGGUGAAGUUUGGUGGAUGAAGCAUCGCAGAAGAAUUCUGAAUAACACAAGGCCUCCUCUUGUGCAGCUGAUGUGGUCCAAGGACAUUAUUGUUGCAAACAUAACACUGAGGAACUCACCUUUCUGGCACUUGCAUCCUUAUGAUUGCACAAAUGUGACUGUUUCGAAUGUUACUAUCAUGUCUCCUGUUUCUGGUGCUCCAAACACAGAUGGCAUAGAUCCAGAUUCUUGUCAGGAUGUGCUUAUUGAGAAUUGCUACAUAUCGGUUGGCGAUGAUGCAAUAGCUAUAAAGAGUGGUUGGGAUCAGUAUGGUAUUGCAUACGGUCGUCCAUCUUCUGACAUUUUAAUUCGCAAUGUAACCGCCCGUUCUCUUGUGAGUGCUGGAAUUUCAAUAGGCAGUGAGAUGUCUGGCGGAGUUGCAAAUGUUACUGUGGAGAAUGUGCGCAUCUGGGAAUCAAGGAGAGGUGUGAGGAUAAAGACUGCCACAGGAAGAGGCGGCUACAUCCGUAACAUCUCAUACCGCAACAUAACUUUCGACAAUGUCCGUGCUGGGAUUGUGAUAAAGGUUGACUACAACGAGCACGCUGAUGAUGGAUACGACCGGACUGCCUUCCCAGACAUCACAAGCAUAUCAUUCAAGGGAAUCCAUGGGCAGGGUGUUCGGGUGCCUGUCCGAGCUCAUGGCAGCGACGUCAUCCCCAUCAAGGACAUCAGCUUCCAGGACAUGUCGGUAGGCAUCAGCUACAAGAAGAAGCACAUCUUCCAGUGCUCCUACCUCGAGGGGCGUGUCAUCAGGCCUGUGUUCCCGAAACCAUGUGAGAACCUGGACGUCUAUGAUGAGCAAGGGCAGCUUGUGAAGCGGGCAGUGGCCCUAAACAGCACAGAACUUGACUACGAUAUAUGAGGUGCACAUAUCAUACCACAGCUUUGAUAGUUGUAGUGGAAAUUGGUGCUCUCUACCCUCAGAAAUCAAUUUUCUCCGAUUGUCCAUGGCUUUUUGGGUCUAGAAUUGUAGAUAGAGAGGAGAUUCUCCUCUUGAUAGGUUUGCUGCUUACAGUGGCUGAAUGUAUCUCACCGGCGAUUUACUGAUUUGUCCAUGAACAUUUGUAAUCGCCAGAACCUUCCUGGCGACAAAUGUAUGCUGUCAAUAUAUUGUACACCUGAAGAUUGUAUUGGAGUAUACACAGUACAUGAUCUCU